CCUCCGUGUCAAACAGCGGGGGCGACAUGAGCAGAUCUCCUCUCCUGUUCGGAGAUCUCAGCUGUGUCUACGUCCAUCCCACCGCCUGUGUUUCUGCUCAUUCCUCUCCCCAGUUGAGAGAUAAAUCCAAACACCAAACAUGGGUUUCAAGGGUCUCGGUUCAGCGGUCCUCUUUGCUUCCUUUACGGCUCUUCUUGGCGUCUGCUCCGCAGGUUCGGACGCGCCCCGGGGGGUCGCGAUCGGGUUCAUUUUUGACCCCAAAGCGACGUGCGACCCACCGUGCCAACAUGCAGGAAUUUGCAUCAGAAAUAACACUUGUUUCUGCUCUAGAGGAUACGAAGGGGAGACCUGCCAGUAUGCCAACUGUUAUCCCAAAUGCAAGAAUGGUGGAGUUUGUCUUCGCCCAGGAAAAUGCAGAUGUCCUCCCGGAUAUGGAGGAAGAUACUGUCACAAAGUGACUUGUGAUGGCGGAUGCUGGAACGGAGGUGAAUGCUCAGCAGUCAAUGGAGUAGCCAAGUGCAUCUGCCCCUCAAGCUGGAGCGGCUCAAAAUGCCAAGAAGCGAUCUGUCCUCAAGGCUGCAGGAACGGGGGACUCUGUGUGGCUCCAGGAAUCUGCAGCUGUCCGGAGGGAUGGCUGGGUGGCGCCUGCCAUACUGCUGUGUGCUCCAAGCCAUGUCUGAAUGGAGGGAAGUGCAUUGCUCCCAACAAAUGCCGCUGUCGCCCCCCUUUCUCUGGCCCUCACUGUGACGAGAGAAAAAAGUCCCACUAGUGUGACACUGUUGGGGUCAAAAGUCAAUGAGGAACAGUUACAAUGACGGUUUUAAACAUUUUUUACUGUAUAAUUUGUUAUGCUUUUUAAAAGAAACAAUGAACCAGGAUAAUGUUCUCAUCUGACUGUAUAAAAGUAUGUACUGUAUUUUUGACAUUAAUGAAUAAAACAGUGAAUGCUGUGCA